UGAAAAUCCACACAAACAACAACUAUUUGUCAAACUAUACACUCUUUGAUGUGUCCUCGGCAUGUUUGGUAUGUUGACUGAUUCAUGAUUUCCCUCCAAAUUUUGUUUUUCACUUUAAAUGAUCAAAAUCUACAGUCUUAUAUGUUUAAAAGGUUUCAAAAAAAAAUUAAAAAAAAAAUUAAGGUUAUUCAUCAUGACAGAGGCUCAUUAUGGAGAGUUUAUUAUUUGUUUUGAAAACAAAGAUUGGGGUGUGUUAUUGUUUACGGGGUUUUCAAAAUAAAUGGAUAUUGAUCCAAGUAUAUCUUAUAUAUCACAUAUCAAGUAUACUAUAGGUUAAAUGUGUCAUUUAAAAGUUAAAAUUUGUGACUGUACAAAAUGAAGAUGCUUUAAAUUACAAAAUUAACGUUUCACUGGUUUGUUUGUUUACAUAAAAAGACCCGAGUCUUUGUUUACAUAACACAGAAUCAAAGCUAAAAUAUUGCUCUUAUCCUUGCAUUUAGACGGUCCAAAUUUUGGUUGUCAACAUUAAAUGAGCUAUAUUCUUAAUUUUUUAACAUCAAAAAAGAAAAACAUUCUUUCGAAAAACGUGAACCAGUCCCUUUAACGGAAUACUUAAGCAGAUAUUAGUAAAAUUUCAGCGUUUACAGAGUUUACACCGGUACCGUUGAUUUAAUACUCGAUGCAUUGUUUGGUUAAAUUGAAAGGUCACUAGAUUUGACCUCCGUAUGCGGUUUCCUUGUGUAGCGAUAUUGUUAUGGAUCAUAAUUACCAUUGAUUUAUACAGCAGCAGAAUUUACUUACAAAGGCAAUAAAACAAUUGAUAAUAUUUAUUUACAAUUGAUAAUUGAAAUAAAAUUGUAACAAUAGCAAAAUACUAACUUUUGGUAGUUGAACAAUAAAUUCGAACAAAAUUUACACACACAGAAAUAGUAAUUCUAAAAUCCUAGUGCCCAGUAUAGGAUGGCCAGGAACAGGCAAAAAUACAAGAACCUGAUCAUCUUUUAAAAAACACAUCUUGUUUUAUUCUGCUGCUAAAUAUAUAUGUAUUAAAAUUAAUGAGACGAAAGGACAAUAAAAAUCUACGAGAAUUAGAAAAAACGAGAUUUCUGUAGAGACUGUAACUGCUAACUUUCACCAAGGAUUUCAUUUUUUUUUCAGAAGGAAGCUGUGUAGCAAAUUCACUUGUCUGUAUUGCUCAUAAAGAGUUGGGAUGAAAAAUCGCUAACAGAGUGAAUUGCUCUAAGAAGAUGAUUUGUUGUACAGCCAUGCCAUAGUUCCAUGUCAUCAUUCAUAUCUUCGUCUGCAUGAUUUGCCAUUAUCAUUUCUACAUUUCUAUUGAUCAAGAUCAAUUAACACAUGUAUCAAUAUCGAAUAUUUACACGGGUGACAUGAUAGAUGUUUUUGAAGACAAUGAUCCUUUCCUUUCUCUUGCUUCUAUCUUAAAUCUCUGCUUUGCAAUCAAUCAAAAAGGAUCGGUUCAGCUGCUAUAUUUACAGCUGAUUAUUUUUGGGGGGUAUUUAAUCAAUCAUUUUACAUGCUAAUCUAAACAAUGACAGCAUGUGGAUUUAGAUUUGCUUCCUAUUGUUUGUCUUUUUCAUAGGUUGAUGGAUUGAUUGUGGUUUAAGGCUGUAUUUGUAAUAUUUUAGCCAUUUUAUGGCGAUUAACUAAAUAAAAUAUGAUCGGUUUUGAAGAGUGUUGGAGCAGCAUAGAAAUUAAACAGAGUACAUACACAGUAUACAUAUAGCAUUAGUAUCUUUGUGCCAUUUUGCAUCGUUCGACCCGUGUGGAUCCGGUUAGAAUAGGUUCUCAGUACCCCUUGAUUGCCGUAAGAGGCGACUAAAUGGGGCGGUCCUUCGGAUGAGACUGCAAAAACCGAGGUCUCAUGUCACAGCAGGUGUGGCACGAUAAAGAUCCUUCCCUGGUCAAAGGCCAUAAGCACCAAACAUAGGACUAAAUUUUGCAGCCCUUCACCGGCAAUGGUGACGUCUCCAUAUGAGCGAACUAUUAUCGAGAGGGACGUUAAACAAUAUUCAUUUAUUCAUCGUUCGGCACCUCGUUUCAGUACUUUGAUGGUUUUCAGAGACAAAACAAACACCAAAAACUAAAAAUAGCGAUGAAUUUCUCGGGACUACGUUUACACCUUGGGCGAAAAAAAAUCUCUAUAAAAAUUAUAGACUCUGAAUAUUUUGAGUUUAUAUUUCACCCUUUCCUUGCUGCUUUCAGAACUGGGUAUGGAUGUCAGUCCACCUUACUUAGGAUCAUGGAAGACUGGAAGAGAGCCUUGGAUGAGGAUAAGUAUGUAGCCGCCAUUCUUAUGGAUCUCUCCAAGGUUCUCGACUGUCUUCCCCAUGAUUUGCUUCUCGUAAAACUUAAACACUACGGUCUUGGAAAUGAAAUCUUUUAAAGUCUUCUGGAAAGUUAUCUCAGUGAGAGAUAUCAAUAUGUGAAGGUCGGGGAGUUUUCUAGUUCAUUUCAACCAGUUUUCAAAGGUGUCCCUCAGGGCUCGAUACUUGGACCAAAACUGUUUAAUAUCCUUAUAAAUGAUAUCUUUGGCUUUGUCUCUGACGCUUCCAUUUAUAAUUAUGCUGAUGACAACACUGUUUCUUACUCUCAUGAAAAAUCAAAUAUACUAAAGAUCACCUUGGAAAAUGAUAGCUGAUCCCUUUUAAACUGGUUCAGUUGCAACAAAAUGAAGGCAAACCCUGACAAAGUCCAGGCAAUGUCAGUAGGAAAGAGGAGCAAAGAUUUAGAAUUAACUUUUGACUUUGGAGAAACUACUCUAUGCAGUGAAUCGGAGGUUAAACUAUUAGGGGUGACCAGAGAUUUUCAGUUAAACUUCAACUCCCAUAUUGCUGACAUCAGUAGGAUAGCAGCUAGGCAAUUAAAUGUUUGAAAAGAAUAGUACACAAUCUUUGUCGUUUAAAUAAGCUCACCAUUUACCAUUCCUUUAUUUCAACAAAUUUUAAUUACUGCCCCCUUACAUGGCACUUCUGCUCUAAAAGGAAUACCAUAAAUAUGGAAAAACUUCAGAAAAGGGCCCUUCGUUUCAUAUAUAAUGAUUAUGUAUCUACAUAUGAUGAAUUGCUUCAAAAAUCUCUUCUUCCAACCUUAAAAGUAAGGCGUAUGCACACACUGGCUAUAGAAACCUAUAAAUUUGUAAACAAACCCAGCCCCGCGCUCUGUUUCUUCAUGACAUCGUUGCACUUAAAGAUCAUUCUUACAGUUUUAGAUACACAAACACUGCCAUUGUGCCCAGUACAGGACAAUCAGGUAUGGGCUGCAAUUUUUUAGGUACAGUGCUCCUAAGAUCUGAAACUUUUUGCCAAAGGAAGCUAUAGGCAUCUUACCACCUUAAAUCAAUUUAAAAGUUUUAUUUCCACUUGGUUUGGCCCCACAUGUAAUUGUAAAUCAUGCAGAUCUUAGGUCCAAUGUACGUAGCUUUAUAUGUUGCUUCUGCUCUAUUUAUCUAUACAGCUUUUAUGUGGUGUGUUUGCAUGGCUCAUUAGAGUCUUUCUUUUCUAGUUUAUUAUUUAUUUAUUUAUAGUUAAUUCUGCCAGCAACAUUUUGAAAUAUUUAAACGAUUAAUUUACUACCAUUUUUUAUUUUAAUUAUAUUCAAAUUAUUUUCAAAAUUCUUAUACUAUUUAUCCAGCUUUUUAUUUGAAAUAGCUUGCACUAUUCUCAAUAUUAGCAAAAAAAAUUAGCUUGAAUUUUAAUGAUGAUUUUUAUAUACAUCUACUCUUGCUUGUAGUAUUUUAUUUCUUCCUCUAAAUCUUAUGCUUUCGUAUCUGUGUAUUCUUGCAUGAAAUGUUUUGUUUUUAUUUCGUAUUCUUUUGUUAGUCUGUGAUAUGUCUGUGUAUAUGUGUACAUGCAUGCUAUGUGUCUUUGGUCUUUGAUAUAUGUGAUAGUUAGUUAAAAAGCUCUACAAAAUUUACUUUACUUUACUUAACAUUAGAACGAAUUUACGCAUAAAUUUCACAAUGUAUACUCUUUGUUGCAAGAUAAAUUGAUUCUGAGAGCAUAAUUUUAUAAUCUCUCUUAAAAUAAAAUGGUGGAAAAUUCAACAAAAAUUUAACGUUUAUAUCGGCAUCUCGGGACUAUAGUCCCAGACUGCUUUUACACCGUUCCGCAUUUGAUAACGACCAAUCAGAUUGCACCACCUCAGAACUCAAUCUUCCGGUUUACAAUAACAACACCCGGCUAAAUCAGUCAGGCGUAACCAUUGAGUUUACAUUCAGAGAAGUUGUUUCGCUACUUCGGCGAAGGAAAGUUAUCAUCAUAAUGCUGGUACUCGGUGUCCUCUCUCUGAUUCUGAUAGUCCCUGGGUUGCUAGGUGAUGACAAGCCUAAAGGACCGAAAGUAACAGACAAAGUUUUCUUUGAUAUUUCAAUAGGAGGAGAAGAUGCAGGAAGGGUAGUGAUAGGACUUUUUGGAAAAACUGUCCCCAAAACUGUAAAAAACUUUAAAACUUUAGCUGAAGGAACAGAGGAGCGAGAUGGCCAGAAGCUUACAUAUAAAGGCAGCAAGUUCCAUCGAGUCAUUAAAGAUUUCAUGAUCCAGGGAGGAGACUUCACCAGGGGGGAUGGAACAGGAGGAAGAAGCAUAUAUGGUGAAAAGUUUGCUGAUGAGAACUUUAAGUUGAAACACUAUGGUGCUGGUUGGCUUUCAAUGGCCAAUGCUGGUAAGGACACCAAUGGAUCUCAGUUUUUCAUCACAGUCAAGAAAACCGAGUGGCUAGAUGGUAGACAUGUUGUAUUUGGCAAAAUCUUGGAGGGCAUGGAUGUUGUAAGGAAAAUUGAAAAAAAUCCAACAGCGUCGGGUGACAAGCCAAAAAAAGAGGUUGUGAUUAAGGAUUGUGGAUCUCUUACUGUAGAUUCACCUUUUGCUGUAGAGAAAUCAAGUGCUGAUUAAAUUUUAUAUUUUUGUUUGUA